AUGAAGAUGGGCCAUCACGAGAACACGAAACAAUUUCCUGCGUUGGCUCCGGGACCGCCGCGCAUGUUCGCUCCACAGACCUCGACUGCUGUCAGUAGGCCGAAGAAGAAUUCCACAGCUUGCCUGGCAUGCAAAGCAGCAAAGAGGAAGUGUUCUGGACCGGAUGCCCCAUGUAAGGCUUGUCGGUCUACCAAUACCGAAUGCCACUUUGAUCCAACUCGAGACCUCAGACGAAAGGUUGCUGUCAAGCGGACGAUCCAGGAACUCACAAACCACAAAGAUCUACUGGAGUCUUUGCUAAGCACCCUUGCGUCGGCUGAUCAGCUUCAGCUUGAUGAAGUGAUGGACUUGAUACGGAAUAAGGCUUCGUUCCACGAUAUCGCCCAUGUUGUUGGAGGCCCCACCACGACGUUCGGAGACCCCCAAGAGCUGUCGAAUGCCAGCAAAUUGGCAAUUUUAGAGUAUUCAGAGCAUCCCGUAGAAACCCCGAGGAACGGCCUGAGACGACCGUCGGACCCCAGCAGCAAUGCAGCAAGCUCGCCAGAAGAGAUUCCAAAUAUGAAACCUCCACAAUGGCCAACAGUCAGCCCCUAUGCCCGAGUCACGCUGGAGAGCCUUUGCGACAUACCUCUCUUCAAGGUGCCGGCAAAGCCGUGGACAACUGUCACAGAUGAUGACUAUCUGGUCUCUCAUCUAGUCUCGCUUUACUUUACCUGGGACCACCCAUGCUCACAAUUCCUUGAUCAACGCAUCUUCCUCGAACAUAUGAGACGUGGUGAUCGAAGAUCGGAAUUCUGCACGCCACUUCUCGUCAAUAGCCUAUUGUCAAUGGCUAGCGCCUAUUCUGAUAGCCCUGAUGUUCUUUCCACCCCCGAGAACGUGUUCUCGCGGGGCCAGAACUUUUUCCAUGAGGCACAAAGAUUGUGGGAAGUUGAAGAUGAUGACCACGACCUGCCUAACAUCCAGGCUCUCCUCUUGAUGUGUUGUGUAUUUAAAUGCCAGGGACGAGUCAGGAAAAGCUGGAUGAUGCUUAGCCAAGCAGUUCAGCUAGCAAGAGAUAUAGGACUUUUUGAUAGCCCAGCAGUGUUGAAGAACAAGAUACUGCCAGAGAUGGAACGGGUUCGCACGAUCACUGCCUGGGGUGUCUUCAAUAUGAGCUCACAAAUGUCGAUUGAGCUGCAGAAGAUUGCCCCCUUACCAAAUCCCAUGUCUGAUGUGAAGCUGUGUGGCAACGAAGACUUUGACUGGACCCCGUACCCUCGAUCAAACAAAAUCACAUAUGAUAAAAAGCCAGCCCGUCUCCCUGAAGUUAGGGAGGGACUGGCUGAGAUCACCGGAAUCUUGGUUGAUGUUCAGAAGCUCGUUUCUGAAAAAGGUCAGGGUGCCAGCUUUGAUGAGAUGUGGAGAAAAGCCCAAGACCCAUUCGAUCGCUUGAAUGCUUGGCUGCAACACUGGCCGAGUGUGCCCGAGAUACAACACAAUCCGGUCCCACAAGUCCUUCUCUUGCGAAUUAAAUGUCUUCAGGCCAUCAUAUACCUGUUUGAAAUUUUGAAUGACCCUCAUCAGCCACAAGUCGUUCGACAGGCCCAGUUCUAUCAGGUUAAGGCAGCCGAGGAAAUGGCGCAAUGCCUUCGCAUUCAUCGUCAAUCGUAUGGCCUCAAGCAUAUACCCAGCCAGAUAGUCGAUGCUGUCCAAACAGGUCUUCGGAUCUUAGUACAUCAAUUGGAAGAAAGUGAGGAAUCAAGACAGGCAUUUGCUGAGCUCUGUCGGUUUGGAACAGCUCUUAGUCACAGGUUUAAGCAAACAGCCGACGCGAUUCAUGAGAUCAGGAAGAACGCGCUGCACUUAAAUAUCCAAUUGCCACCUGAGGCUAUCGCAAUCUUUGAUGACCCUGAACAGUGGAAGAGUCUUGAGCCCUGA